AUGGGUGUGCAAGCCAACCUCAAUCAAAUACUCGAAAACAACAAACAGCUGGAGGAUGACAACAAGAGAAUCAGAGCCCUUGCCUUUCAACAUGAAGAAGACCGUGCCCGAAGCGUGGAAGCCGAAGUCCAGAGGCGUUUGAGAUCGACGACAGAGAAGCUCAACAGCGAGAUUCAAGAUCUACGAGCCCAGCUAGACAGGAGUAACGAGCGUGCGAGAAGCGCGGAAGCCGAAGUGCAGAGGACUGAGGAGGAUCGCAAGGAGCUUCAAGAUCUUCGAGCACAACUAGCCACAGGCGAUGAGCGUAUCCGGAGCGUGGAAGUUGAAGCUCAGAGCCGUCUCAGAGCAAGUGAAGAGAAAUUCAACAAUGAGGUUCAGGGCCUUCGAGCGCAGUUAGCCACAAUGCGGAACAAUGUAGCGGUUUUGAAAUACGAGCGUGAUCGCUUAAGCAGAGAGUUGGAAAUCGCCGAACGGAAUCUGGGCCAGAGGCACGAUGACCAUGCGAAGGUCGAGACCCUCGAACCACUCGUUGAAAAGCAGUGUGGUGAAAUCGCACGUCUGGGGAAAGAGAUUCGGGUUCUCGAGAAAGAUGUCCUUGACCGGAAAGAACAGAUUGGAAUGAAAGAUCAGGAGCUUAAGAUAAUUCGAAUCGGACUUGCGAAUGCGAAUGCAGAGAAAAGUCAGAUCCAGGCUGCGCUUGAGGAUGUUAUCCAGAAUGCACAACGCACAGCAGAGGCCAACCAGGCGCUUACUCAGGCACAAAUAGAUGGCGAAAGAGGAAGGAUCAAGGCAGAGAAAAGGAAGGACGAGCUGAAGGAACGUAUAAGGGAUCUCAAAGGAAAGUUGGCAGCCCUCGAAAGUGAAAAUAGGAAAUUAAGUGCUGCGAAAGCCAAAUCAUCUGGGAGAAGAUAA